AUGAAGACGUGCUUGGUACUGGCUAUCUUAUUAGUUGCAGCCUUUGUAGCUUCAGAGCAAAGUGACUCCUACUAUACUUUCCACAACACACAAAAGAGACAAAUAAGUAGAGCCACUAUAAAUGUGAAACCUCCCCCUGGCUGUGUAUUCUAUGAAUGCAUUGCAAAGUGCAGGCAAAAAGGGUACAGGAAUGGAGGAUAUUGCACCAUGACAGGAUGUCAAUGCGUACGA